AAAGACAAAUCAGAACUUUUUGAUGUUUAUAAGGUGUGAUAGUGGUCUUCCUUAAAAACAAAGACUUUGUGUUUUAGAUGAAAAUACAGGAAAGGGUGUUUUUCAUGGAUCCCAUGAAGCUCUUCCAGUCACGUCUAGAGCACAUUACACAGAUUGCAGAUUUUCAGCGGACACAAAUGCAGCGAGCCACGGCAUACUUCAAGCACAAGUCAGUUGAACUGGAAAAGCGUCUGAAAGAAGUCACUCAGCAGAGUUACAGGCAAAUCGCUGAAUUGAAAAGAGAGAAUGCCGAUUUAAAAAGCCGAAAUAUGGAGCUGAAACAAGAGAUGGCCGAGCUGAAAAAGCCUCUUUCACAGAGGAGGGGUUCUCCGGGACAAUUCCAGACAAAUGGUGUUCAAAGGAUCUCGCUCCCUGUGGCUGUCGCUUCUCCUGUGACCCCUCAUUUAAGAACUAUGAGCCAGCUGGGUCCAGUAGAUUCCCCACUGUGGACCCGAGACCGAGGUCUUGCAUCCCGUACAACUCCUGGAUCGACCACUUCUUUGUCUAGCCAAAGCCCUCUUCUUGAACGUGGCCACAGGACCCCCACAUCCAUCAGCCCAUCUACAAGAAUGCCAGACAUCUUCCAAUACCAUCUGUUGACUGACUUAUCAAUCGCCUCACCCAGGCGUUAAUCAAACCGGUUCUCUUUGUAAAGACUCGUCAAAAGCAAAAAUCGAGGCGAGGCGGAGCUGCGGACCAGGAAGCCCAACAAGGCCCAACUGACUGUCACGGCCUCGGCGGAGUGGGUGUGCCAGUCAGCCGGGGAAGGCUUCACAUUGGUGGGAGAAAGCGUCUGUACAACAAAUCCCGGCCAGUGGGCCAAACACUUUUUAUUUUUUUUACGUCAACCACGUUGCGCGCCCCCAUCAGAUCUGGGCCACAUACUAUUUACGAGGAGAUUUAUUUGCCUACAAAAUCAUCUAAUUUCUCUACCAACCAGCAGCACAGUCCUGUUUCCCUCUGACAUAGGGUGUUUUUAUCGGGCGUUUCUAAGCGGGGGGGGGGCAUCUUUUUUGUACAAAUUAUAUGAAAUAUCUAAAUGUAUUCACCAUUAUAAUGAUGGUGCUUAUGCUGAAAAUAAUUUGAGUGCGUCCACCUCCGACAUAAAAAAAAAAAUGACGCAUAUAAGAAUGGAGUGAGCACAAAGCUGAAAAAGCACUCUUUCCAUAAAGCCUAAGAUUCUAUUUGAGGGGAAGCAUCGAAUGGGCUACAACUGAGUAACACAGUUUCUUCACCUGAGGGGAAAUAAGGACGGACAGCUACCACAUACAGUUCUCUGGUUGGGGGGGUUUAAAUCCGGGCUCCGGCAUUCCUGUGUGGAGAACCAGUGCUAUGGAUAGAUGGAAA